AAUGCCAAUGGGAUCAGUACCAAUGCCACAUGAUCCAACACAGAAUGUGGUUCUCUACUCACUCACUCAUACAAACGUGAUACAAUCAUGACAUCUACAUUGUAGUGAUCUACCACCAUACAUGAUGUACGCCGACGACACAUACGGUAUGGGCCUAUUUAUUAUGUAAACACGCAACUCAAGUCCCAUUAUGAAAUUCCUACACUACAAUCAUGCAAGCUAUAGACGUUCGAGCGUGCCUGCUUUUCAUGGCGCUAUGAGUUCAAUCAGCAUGAGACGAUAAAGCUGUAGCUAAGAAUUGGCGACCUCCAGUUUAGGUUGGUGAGUUGAUGGGCGGAAACCCAGAUAAAUCUUAGUUUAUAAUCCCCGUCCGCAACGCUUGUGGCAGGAAAGACGUCUUGCUAAUAUCCUGUCGUACACGAAGUCUGAUUUUAAUUUUACCUGGUGAAGCCAGACAACUAGCUAGUCGCCCAAAGUGGAUAUAAUCGGUGACAAGGGUAUUCUUUGCUAGUGUAUCCAUUUCACAAGAUGAUGUUUGCCCUCACCUGUGUCUUGCUGUCGUAUGUGGCGCUGGUAGCGGUAGCACCCUCCUCUUCCCAGCUCGUCCCAGAUAGCGUUAGGAUUGUGUCGAGUCAAGCUGUGCUCGACCAUACCUAUGCUCUGAGCACACCGACCUGCAGCUGCCGAUAUCGCGGUGGUAGCUGCCGUUCGCUGCGAGGCCAACGGCCCAACUCCGGCCGCCUAUGCCGUUUACCUCCGGCAGUGCGUGUCAAUCUCCGCGUGGUCGGACCUCCGUCGUGCUCGGACGUCGCUCAAGUCGUGCCGGUGCAGGGAGCGGAAGUUCGGCUCUGGCAAGCCAACCCCAAUGGGCUACACGCGUGUGCAGAUGAAUGUGGCGCGCACUUGGUGACGGACGGCAGAGGAGAGGUGGUGUAUACCGCAUCAAGACCAGGAGCUGUGACGCAUGGCUGGGAGCUCUACAGCCGCCGGGUGACGGAAAGAGACGGUGUAACUCACUUUGUCGUCAGCCACAAAGGCAACGCGACAACGCAAUACAUCACCCAGACUGGAUUCAUCACCUUCGCCAAAACAGAUUCCACUAGGCGUGAUAUCGGCAUACAGUGCCAGCCGCAUCUUUCUGUUGCAGCUGACCGAGACGGCACAUUGCCAUCGCUGGACUGCGUAGUAACGCUGAGCUGCACUGCCAAUGCAAGUUUUGAAUCUCGCCGUGCCGGUCAGACAAUGGAUGAAUUCAUUCGCCAUGUCAAUCGAAAGCAGCUGAACAUCCGCAGGCGGAAAGCAAUCACAGGCUGCCCACGUGCUAAACAUGUCAGGAAGUACUUUGACAAAACAUCGAAUGGUGUUCUUGUGGAGCUGUGCAAUGUGAACUGUCCCAGUGAGCAGUGCAGAACCUCCGGCCUCAUGGAGUUUGCCAGCACGCGACAGGACCUGUAUGCCGUGCGCUUACUGGAGGUGCUCAAGGAGCCAGAUUACUGCGAAGGCCAGGAAGAAAACUGCACCAGUGAAGCGGUGCUGCACAUGACUGGUCGCAGCCGCGGCACGCCUCUACUUCUCGACAUGUCUGGACUGGCACAUUGCUGUGAACAGCCGACAUCCGGCAAGCGGUAUGUGGUAUUCGGCCUGCCACUGCCCAGCCCACAACCAGACGGAGCUCGUCACAGGCCAGCCAGUGAGCCGGCACCACUACCUCGAUUCUGGGCAACGAGCUCCUUCCCCAUUGGUCGGGUAAUGAAGCGACUCUUCCGGGAGUUCUGAUGAGGACUGCAUCACUGACUACUUCACUACCGAAUAUAAAGCAUAGGAUCAAGUCUUCUGCAUGUACAAAACCCUAUUACUUCCAAAAUGUGGUACAAUACAUUUUCUACUUUUGAAACACAUGCAAUAAUUAUUAUAUCAAAUCCGAACUUGAGCUGGCUUAUACUCGACCAGACCUGAUAACGUAUGUUGACCUACGUCCACGGAAUUGAACGCAUACCGGUUCGGGAGCGAAAACAAUACUUCAAUCUGGAUAUCAGGCAAAUACGGUGCCUAGUUAGCAGUUUCCUCGUUCAGAGAUGAAUACAUUGUUGUACACGGCCUUCUAAACUUGAAUUUGAUGGACGAAGCGAGUACGACCAGUAGCUUUCAGUGUGCACGUCUUGUGCAGCUUGUGCACUUCAGUAUGUGAACGGUUUCGUGACAAUUUAUGAGAAUUGAACAUCAUAGGUCAUCCGUCAAAGCUACCGUUGGUUUAGUUCUAGUUUAGUUCAUUGAUCAAGGGCACCAACAUAAUAAUUAUAUAUCCUAGAUUUGUGUGAUCGUGUUUAUAAAUAUCGAACAGUAAGACUCCUUGCAUUGAUAAUUUUUGUAGUGACGCUUUC